AUGUCGUUUUACAUUGGUCGCGAGGCUUCAAAGCUAUGGAAGAGAAUUUGUGCAGAGACAACUACAGAGAUCAACCUCCUUGCUGAGAAUUGGAAGUACCUUCUCGCUGGUCUUGUUUUUCAGUAUAUACAUGGUUUGGCUGCCCGAGGAGUUCAUUAUUUACAUAGGCCUGCCCCUACUCUACAAGAUGUUGGAUUCUUCCUUCUUCCGGAGCUUGGGCAAGACAAAGCUUACAUAAGUGAAACAUUGUUUUCCAUUAUCUUUUUAUCCUUUUUCUUGUGGACAUUCCAUCCUUUCAUAUUCAAGAGCAGAAAGAUCUACACAGUUGUAAUAUGGUGCAGGGUUUUAGCAUUCUUAGUUGCUUCUCAAGUUCUUCGCAUAAUCACAUUUUAUUCCACACAACUUCCUGGUCCAAACUACCACUGCCGUGAGGGGUCUAAACUUGCCACAUUACCUCGUCCAGAUAGUGUCUUGGAAGUGCUCUUGAUUAAUUUUCCGCGUGGUGUGGUCUAUGGAUGUGGUGAUUUGAUAUUCUCAUCGCACAUGAUCUUUACUCUUGUUUUUGUGCUCACCUAUCAGAAAUAUGGCACUCGAAGGUCGAUAAAGCAGUUUGCAUGGUUGCUUGCCGUGGUUCAGAGUCUUUUGAUAGUAGCAUCACGCAAGCAUUACACUGUUGAUGUAGUUGUUGCCUGGUACACUGUUAAUUUGGUGGUAUUUUUCAUUGACAAGAAAUUGCCAGAAUUACCAGACAGGUCAAUUGCAGCUGCAACCUUGCUACCGAUGAGCAUCAAAGACAAAAAUGACAGGACUAAAGAGGAGAAUCACAAGCUAUUAAAUGGGAAUUCUGGAGACCCUGCAGAUUGGAGGCAGAGAACUCAAGUGAAUGGCAAGAUCAUGGAAGAUGGUAAAACACUUCUUGCAGACUCUGCCAUGAAUGGUGCAUAG